CUGAUCAUUAGAUUUUUCUUAACUAAUUCAUGCAUUGAAUCAAUUUUACAGCACUGCUACAUAUGUUGAGAUUGAGUUGCCUGUUCCAGCCGAUGCUACCAACCCAAAUGUUCAGACAUCAUUGGGAUCUGCUUCACAUGCACCAGAAAAGGAUGCGUUGAUCUGGAAAAUUAAAUCUUUUCCUGGUGGUAAGGUGAGAACCAAUAUUUAUGAUUGAUGUUUUAGAAGAGAAUGGGGUAGGUUACACUUUCACCCUCCUUAAUUUUCCCUCUUUCUAUACCAUGAAAAAUAAUUACCCUUUUUUUUCCCCCCCUAAUAUUAUUACAUCAAACAUGUACCUAUGAGUUUUACAGGAUGACAUCGUUCAGAGCUGCUAUUGGGAUUCUGGGCGUCCAUUUGAUUUGAGACGAGAAUCUGAGGCAGUACCGCCGGAUGUGACACUUCAGUCUAUUUUAUUUGAGAGCCCUGAUAAGAAUAGAUGGGCUCGAUGUCUUAGUGAAUUAGUCAAAUAUGGUGCUGAGUUUUCCCCGGGCUCUGUUCAGAAAGCAAAGUUAGAGGUCAUUCAACGUCUUGCUCAUAUCACACCUAUGGAGUUGGGUGGGAAGGCUCAUCAGUCACAGGAUGCUGACAGCAAACUAGAUCAGUGGCUUAUGUAUGCAAUGUUUGCAUGCUCAUGUCCACCAGAUAGUAAGGAAGCUGGUGGCUUAGCAACAACCAAAGAUCUCUUCCAUCUGAUUUUUCACUCACUAAAAUCUGGAUCUGAAGCCCACAUUCAUGCAGCUACCAUGGCUCUUGGCCACUCACAUCUUGAGGUAUGCGAAGUCAUGCUUAGUGAGCUUGCAACUUUCGUUGAUGAGGUUUCUCUGGAAACUGAUGCAAAACCCAAGUGGAAGAGUCAAAAGGCUCGUCGUGAAGAACUCCGUAUCCACAUUACAAAUAUAUACCGCACAGUUGCUAAGAAUAUCUGGCCAGGAACGCUAGGCCGCAAACCAGUUUUCCGCUUUCAUUAUUUAAAGUUCAUUGAAGAAACAACCAGACAAUUCUCAACUGUAUCUCCUGAGAGCUUUCAAGAAAUACAACCUCUUCAUUAUGCACUUGCUUCUGUUCUAAGAUCAUUAGCUCCAGAAUUUAUUGAGUCAAAAUCAGAGAAAUUUGACCUUAGAACAAGAAAACGACUGUUUGAUCUUCUUCUCUUCUAG